GCUAAAUAUAUACUACAUGACAUUGAGGAACGACCCCUUGUCACAGUGACUAUACCCGAUUCAAAAUUGACCCGAUAAAUCUUCUAGGGUUUAUUCAAUAAUCAAAUUCGUUAAAUAAAGAAAAAGAUGCAAAGCGGAGCAGAUGAAGUUAGCAUUGAAGAAUUGGCUUCAAAUCUCUCUACUUACAAAGACCAACUUCACCAGGUGCGAGAGCUGUUACAUGAUGAACCGGACAACUCCGAAUAUAUUGACAUGGAGAAAGAGCUUGUUGAGGUGAUUGCCUUAACAGAAGAGCUCCUUGUCACUGCAAAACAAAGUGAAGAUGGGAUGGGUACCGGGACCAGUGCUGAUGCAUCUCAUGGUUUCCACCAUUCUGGGAAUUCUAAUGCGGAAUCAAGAUCAAUAUUGGAUCAUGCCGAUAAGUUUCCUGUGGGCACUAAAGUACAAGCCGUUUAUAGUGAAGACGGGGAGUGGUAUGAUGCCACCAUUCAUGCACAUACUCCAAAUGGCUAUUAUGUCUGCUAUGAUGAAUGGGGUAACAAGGAAGAGGUGGAUCAUGCUAAUAUAAGACCAAUUGAAGAGGGAUCUGUCAACCCUUUGGUUGAAGCAGAAAAGAUAGCUGAGGCCACAAAACAAGCUCUCAAACGAAAGAUAGCUCAAGCUGCAGCUAGUGAUAUGCAAUCUCGGAGUUUGCCCGCAAAGCUUCUCAUUGACCCUAAUGAUCCAGAAGAUGUGAAAGCUGCCAAAAAGAAAAAGAUUCAUGCUUUCAAGUCUAAGGUGCGGAUAGAGCAACUUGAGGUUGCUCAAAACAAGAGGCAAAACGCUUGGCAACAAUUUCAGUCAACUAAAGGCCAGACUAAGAAGGUGGGCUUCUUCUCUGGUCGAAAGCGUGAGAGUAUCUUCAAGUCUCCGGAUGAUCCACAUGGGAAGGUUGGUGUAACCGGAAGCGGUAAAGGUUUGACAGAUUUUCAAAGGAGGGAAAAGCACUUGCAUCUAAAAGGCGCAAAUGGUGAGGGCUCUGAUGAGUAGAUGUUGGUCCCCAUAAUUUAGCAAGACCACACUCGAUCUGCUGCUUUAAUUUAGGUGUCCUACCUAUAUGUAAAACAGAUGUUUUUCCCUAGUACAGAGUUCUUGGUGACUUUGCCGGGAUUCACUUUAUUUUUUUUUCUUUUUCUUUUUUUCAAUCUUUUGACGUGUAACAACCAAGUGAUUUUAGUUCUUGGGUUUAUUACUUUGACUGGGUUGAUUCAUUCUGAUAGUCAUCUUAGUCUAUAAUUUCGUCACAUUCAUGUGGGGUGCUAUUGAAUCAAUCUGUUUAACCUUUUGGGUCACAUUUGAGCUGUGUAAUAUGGAAUUUAUGCUGAAUCUA